AUGCCCAUUGAUCUGAGCGCGAUGCUCGACCAGCUCGAGGAGUGGAUCGAGUCCCAGGUCCCUCCUAACCUGCACGACCUGCCAGGCAAGAUGCUCGAGACCGUCGAGCGAGUCGGGAACGAGCUCAUCGACACGCUUAACAUGCACGGUCCGCCGUCGAUCUCGAUCCCCUUCCCGCCGUUUGGCAAGGAGGAGCCUGUCGUCCUCACCCCGCCGCCGCCCGAGCCGUCUGCUCUGUCGAAGGCUUGCGACCGCGCCGGUGCUGUUGCCCGCCGUCACCCCUACAUGGUCGGAGGUGGUGUCGCUAUCGCCGUGACGGCCGGUAUUGGCUAUGUUGGUCUGGCCACUGGCUGCGGACCGUUUGCGAACGUCGGUCAGGAGUGGAGAAUGCGGCGGAAGUUUGGAGACCGAGGUGUUGUCGAGAACGGCAUGCUCAAGGAGGCUAUCGUCAUUCUUGCUCCUUCGCCAACGCCUCCCAUCCUUGUGCCGCUGACUGCGUCCUUGCUCAAGGCCGGCUACGUUGUCAUCGUCGCUGUUCCGCUGGUGAAGGAGGCUGAGGCGCUCGAACGCCGUCUGUCCGGACUCCAGGAGAAGGGAGCCCUCCGUGUUCUCAUUUACGACACCGACGACUCGACAACCUUCCCUCCCUUCCACCGCAGCCUGCUGGCCACCUUGACGCUCCGGUUCCCUGCCCCUGCUACUAAGAACAAGGGCCCCCAGACGACCGGUGACCCUUACAGCUCAAAGCAGGCGCUCGUCCCGCGCAUUCACGCGUUCAUCAGCCUGUACCCCCUGAACCCGGCGCCGCCUAGUCAACCGAGCGCGCUGCCUGCGCUCCCCACGCUCAUGUCGCCGGACGCCAAUGGACAUACCCCGCGGUUCAUCACUGUCUACCCGUCUUCCUCGCGUCUGGCCAAUCCCGACUCCUUCGGCAGUCAAGUCCUGGCGCACAACCACAAGCUGCUCGCGACGAACCUCACCGCUGCGUCCGGCGCCCGCGCCAUCUCUGUCUACGUCGGCAACAUCACCCUCCCCUCCCUCCCGGCCAUCAUCACUGAGGGCCGAGCACUCAGCCGCCGCGAGCAGGCUCGUCAGCGCCUGCACGAGAGCAUGACGAGUGCAACCGCCGCCGUCUCGGUCUUCCGUGACCUCUUCUUUGGCACGUUCAGCGGCAUCUCGCGGUCUGUGCUCUACACCCUGGGUCUGGGUGCUUCCUCGCGCGACUGGUCGAUGUUCGAGAGCCGCUUCCUCCGCGCGCUCAAGUCGUCCUAUGGCGAUACCUACUACUUGGGCCAGCGGUCGUGGCUGCCGCAGACGCUUGCUCUCCUCCCGUCCUCGGCGCUGCCGCGUGUCAUGAACGUUGUUCAGCUCCCAAGCGAGACCGGCCCCGCUCCCGCGCCGCCCCCGAAGACGGCCCAUAUCCCGACCUCGGGUUCGGCGUCUUCGUCGGACCACGAGGGCGAGGACCUCGUCUCCUCCAUCCACACCGCCGGCACGACGCAGAGCAGCGCCAGCUCUGGUCUCGAGGGCUCCUGGGUCGGCCUCGACGCUCAUUAG